AUGUAUCAAUACAGAGAAUAUAGUCACGAUAUGUCAAGAUCUGAACCAUAUCCAUAUAACUAUUCAAGAAAUCCACGCGAUACUGAUUAUACUAGAACAAGGAGAUUCCAACAAAGUGAUUACUACAAUAACAAUAAUAGUUAUACACAAAAUUUUUACAAUAGCCGUUAUUCACAAUAUGAUCGUUAUUCUGGAACUCAAAGUAGUAGAAUGUUACCUACAAAAGAGAUAAAUAGAUCAGAUAGAUGGGAUCGCUCAGGUGAGAAGACUACUAAAGUGAACAUGAAUACUAAUGAAGGUAAUACUUUAGAAGAUACAUCUAAUGUUAAGGUCAAUACUAAUAAUACUGCAGUUAGUUUAUCAGAUAAUAUAACACAGAAAAAUGGAGAUAAUCAAUUAAGUCAAGUGCAAGCAGGUGUAAGAGUUACUAAAUGUUCAAUAAAAUUAGAAAAUUCAUCUAUUUUCCAUUCAAAUGGCUCAGAUUCAAUUUGGUUAAAAAUAGAGAAAUUAGAUAAGAGACAUAUCUGCUAUGACUGCCAAAAGGAAAAGUGGCGUGAUAGAGUUACACCAUUAUGUAAGGAAUGUUAUAGAAAUUUAGUUAAGACAUCAGGUGAUACUUCGGGCAAGAAAGAGUGUGUCCACUGUAAAGUUGAAUUCCUACAGCAUAGAAUUCUAAGAAAGGCAUAUCAUGUAUUUAAAAAGGUGGUUUGCAUGGAUUGUUGCAAAAAUCUAUGUACUUAUAAUACUGAUCCAGUAAGAUGCCACUUUUGUGAUUGUUGGUCAGUAUGGAAUAGUAGAUCUUUAUGUGAUAGAUGUACGACUAAUAGGGAAAGUUAUGGUGAACCCUUACCUUGUGAUAUGUGUAGGAGAUCAUGUGCUUUUGAUAGGGGUGCUGAUAUUAGGCAAAAAGUAGAUGGUAGAUUACUCUGCUUUCUAUGUACAAUGAAAUAUAAGAAAUUAAAGCAUCAAGAAGAAAAAAAGACAUUAUCAACUUACAGGAAAGCCGAGAGAUCCAUUUCUCAUCAAAGGAUUAGUGAUGAAACCUCUUUAACUAAUUCCAGUAUGGAUUAUAAUAACCAGUCGAAAGAUGCAGAUGAUAAAGUAGAUUGGAAGAUAAUUGCACAAGAGAAGGAGAAACUUUAUGAAAAGGCUAAACAGCAUGUUACAGAACUUCAAAAUAGAGAAUUAAGUAUGAAGGUAGAAACAGGUUCUAUUAUUACUCAAUUAAAAGAGGAAAAAAAGAUUCUUGAGAAAGACAAAGCUCAAUUAGAAAAUCGCAUUUUAUCUUUAAAUGCACAAAUUAAUGAUUGGGAACUUAAAUUAAAGACUAUAUGUGAUGAAAAGGACAAAGUUAUUAAGAAUAUUAAACAAGAAAAAAAAGCAACUAAUUGGGGAGAUGGAAGGUUUAAUUAG